AUGGGUUCAGACGCAGCAGGAACAGCGCGGUCACCAGGCUUCAUUCCUGGAACCGUUCACUUGGUCGACCUUGAGGGUACGAUGGCCUCACGGCAUGCUGAGGGCAGUGGGAGGGACAUUGUCUUGAUUCCAACACCUUCGAUCGACCCUGAUGACCCUUUGAAUUGGAGUCCUCGCAGGAAAUAUCAGCUCCUGGCAUGUAUCUGCGUUUACUGCCUCGCCGUUGGCAUUGCAUCGGCUGCGAUAUACUCUGUCCUCGUACCGAUAUCAACCGCGACUGGCCUUACACUUGCAGACUUGAACUCCGGAACCGGUUACAUGUUUCUGGCGUUCGGCUGGGGCUGUCUGAUUUGGCAGCCGCUUGCCCAAAAGUUUGGCAAACGCCCCGUGUACCUGUUUACUCUGCUGGGAAGCAUGGCCAUCAUGCUGUGGGCUCCACACGCCACCACUGGUAGUAAUUGGAUUGCAAACAAGGUCUUGCAAGGGGCCAUUGGCGCCCCUAUCGAGUCUCUUUGUGAGAUCUCCAUUGCUGACGUGUGGUUCACGCAUGAGAGAGGCACAUUCAUGGGCUUCUACGCCCUGUUCUUAGUCGGAAGUAACUUUCUCGCUCCAGUCAUUGCCGGGUUUGUCAAUGACGGCCAAGGCUGGCAAUGGGUCUUGUACUGGUGUGCCAUAUUUUGCGGAGCUGGCUUCGUCAUCUGUUUCUUCUUCAUGGAAGAGACCAACUUCCAGCGCAUGGGCGUGUUGACCGCUGAGCCCUAUCGGGUCGACUUCACACCCUCUGCACUUGAGAAAGGGUCCAAAGACCCCUCCGAUUCAGAUCAAGUCGCUCCAGUACAGACACCUCCCAGCCUAGAACCGACCAUGACCAAAAAGACGUACUUCGACAAGCUCAAGAUGUUCCGAACACAGGACAUCAACCACCACGAUUCGCUUCUGAAGAUGGUAGUCAGGCCGUUCCUCUAUUUCAAAUUCCCGCCAAUAGUAUUCUCUGGCUUCAUGUAUGGCGCCGUCGUGUGUUACUUCAAUGUUCUGAACGGCACUGCAUCUCUGAUAUUGUCGAGUUCGCCGUACAAUUUUAAAUCAAGUAUUGUCGGGCUAUCCUACAUAUCCUGUCUGAUUGGAGUUGGCAUUGGAACAGUGUACUCCGGUAUACUUGGCGAUAGAUUCGUCAUUUGGAAAGCCCGACGCAAUAACGGCAUUAUGGAGCCCGAGUUCCGCCUUUGGCUAUACACGGCAUUGUUGAUUUGCAUCCCAGGCGCGCUUCUUCUCUGGGGAGUUGGGGCUGCUCACAAAGUCCACUGGUUCGGCCUGGUGUUCGCAAUGGGAGUCUUUGGAGCAGCCAUCACCGCCGGUAGCCAGCUAUCAAUCAGCUACUGUAUUGACAGCUACAAAGAGCUAGGAGAAGACGCCAUUGUCACCGUAAUCCUGAUCCGGAAUACAAUGUCUUUUGCUGUUUCUUAUGGUAUAACCCCAUGGGUCGAGAACAUGGGCUAUCAAAACGCGUUUCUGGUUGCUGCGUUUGCUGCCUUGGCGCAGAUCUCUUCAUACUUUGCCAUGAUCAAAUGGGGUCGACAAAUCCGCGCAGCAAGCGUCAGUCGCUAUUAUAAAUACUGCGAAAAAGAGUAA